AUGGCGAAACAGAUGCCCGUGCGCGUCGACGUGAGCAGGUCAGGCGCGCUCAAAGGUGAGGCUAUUGUGCUAACGCAUCUCGUCAGAACCCAUCGAGAUCGCAAAGCAACCUAUGUUAAAACUUUGGAGUCAGAAGUUGCAAAGCUCCGUGCCCGAGAUGCAGCACAUGAUGCGGAGAUCCAAGCUUGCAGGGAGACCAUCCGGCGUCUCAAGGAGUUGAUCAAGUAUCACCACAUCCCAUUGCCAUCGGAUUUGGCAUCAGAUCCGAGGAUAUCCAGUCCCCAGGCAACCAUCGAGUUGCUUGGACUCUCCGAUCAUUCUCAGGCCAUUCGAGCCCAGCUGCCUGACACCUACACCCUCGCAUCAUCCUCAAAUAUAUCUUCCACCUUCCCACCCGCCUCUGAGUCUAUGAUUUCUUCGAGCGAAUUUCAAGCUGGCAUGAACAUCAGCGACGCUCCAAGUCUCCAUCAAGCUCCGAGUAUUUAUUCGACAACCAGUAUCUCAGACUCUAUGCCGCACCCUCAGGGACUAGGGGCUACUCAAGUCGGUGUCGACUUCGUGCUCGCCCUCGAACAUGUCUGUCUGGGCCAUCAUGCACGACACAGCGUCAACACCGAGGGCAGUGGCCACGAAAUGAUGCUCAUGAGUCCCAUCAUGUCCCGGUCGCCGCCUUUUGCACAAAGCACGCAGACAGAUUCAGGUCUCCCGGAUGGGACCAGAUGGAGCGUCCCGGCCGUGGAACUGGAAAAAUUACUGGAAUUUUCCGAUCGACUUAGUCUCGAUGGUGAGGUGACGCCGGUAGAAGCAUGGCAACGAAUACGACAGCAUCCCAACUUUUCGAAUCUGACUCGGGAUGGCCUGGAAGCUUUGAAAGCUACUCUCAUUCCCGAAGUCAAGUGCUAUGGAUUUGGUGCUGUCGUCGAUGAGGAGUAUUUCGAGUCGCUCCUUCAGCAAGCCCUGGGUGGACCUGGUCCGCGAGCUUUGUGA